GUCACGCCGUGGCUCCUCCCCCUUCUCCUGCCGGAGAGUAAAGAUGGCGGCAGUAGACGUGGAGGAUGAGAGUAUCCUGGUGUCCGUGUUUAAGGACAGUUUCCCGGAGAACUGGCGGGAGAACCCGGACUUCGCCGCGUACCUGGCGGAGCUGUGCUCGCUGGGGGUGGAGCGGUUGGGCCGGGAGCCGGAGCGGCUGAGUGAGGAGCGCGCGCAGAUCCUACAGCAGACCCGCGAGCUCGCCUUCUCCAACUACAAGACCUUCAUCCGCACCGCGCACUGCACCAAACACAUCUACACAGACUUCGGCCGCGUGGAGAGCAGCCUGUCCAAACUGCUGGAUAAACUGCCCAGCUUCGGAGAAAAAUGCAGGGGCUUUGUAAAAGAAGCAGAAGAGAUCGGCCUGAGCCGACGCAUGAACAGUCUGACCCUGAAUCGCCACACAGAAAUCCUGGAGAUUCUGGAGAUCCCCCAGCUCAUGGACACCUGUGUGCGUAAUGGGUAUUACGAGGAGGCGCUGGAGCUGGCCACCUAUGUGAAGAGGCUGGAGAAGAAACACUCGUCUCUUCCUGUCAUUCAGGGAAUAGUACGUGAGGUUCGACAGUCAGCUCAGCUCAUGCUGAACCAGCUCCUUCAACAGCUUCGCAGCAACUCCCAGCUGCCGGUUUGCCUCCGGGUGAUUGGCUACCUGCGCAGAAUGGACGUGUUCACGGAAGCAGAACUACGUGUGAAGUUCCUGCAAGCUCGUGGCAGCUGGCUGCGUUCUGUCUUAGCUGCCGUCCCUGACGAGGACCCUUACUUCCACAUCACCAAAACCAUCGAGGCCUGCAGAGUUCAUCUGUUCGAUAUCAUCACCCAGUACCGCGCCAUUUUCUCAGAUGAGGAUCCCCUGCUGCCUCCGGGGGGACAGGUUGUCAAUGAAAGUGCCAUCUUUCACGGCUGGGUGGUGCAGCAGAUCUCACAGUUCCUGGAAACCCUGGAUAGAGAUCUGAAGCGUGGAGUGGGAAGCCGCUUGGACUCCCUGCUUGGCCAGUGCAUGUACUUUGGUCUGUCCUUCAGUCGUGUCGGGGCAGACUUCCGUGGGCAGCUUGCACCGAUGUUUCAGCAAGUAGCCAUGGACACGUUCCAGAAAGCUGUGAAAGAAGCUGUUGAUAAGUUUCAAGAAGACAUGAAUCUGUACACUCUUAUUUCUCUCCCGUCAAUGCUUGGCAAUACUAUCCCCCCUGUGGCUCCAAGUACUCAGCCUGGCACUCUCCAGCCUCCUAUGGCCUUGUUGGACUUCCCUCCGUUAGCCUGCUUUCUGAAUAAUGUCCUAACAGCCUUCAAUGAUCUGCGUCUCUGUUGCCCCAUUGGUUUAGCCCAAGAAGUUACCAAAUGUCUUGAGGAUGCUCUUCUGAAGGUGACCAAAUUAAUCCUGGUGUUCCAUCGAGCAGAGGAGUCGGCCUUCAGUACUCGUGAGCGGGAGUUAUUCGUUCAGUUCUGCUGUGCCUUUGCUGAGGACCUGGUGCCAUUCCUGAACCGAUGUUUACAGGUUCUCUUCCCUCCAGCUCAGCUUGCACAGAUUCUUGGUGUCCCACCAGCUCAAGUUCAUAAAUACGGUAAUAUCGGCUGUAUCAGUGUGAGCGCAAUACUGAAGCCUUUAGAGUUCAUUCUCCCCAAGAGAGAGCCCAUCUUCCCUGCCAUGGAUCUCUCUGUUGGCAUGACUGGUUUAACCACAACAGAUACUGAACCUCUACUACCAAUCAAACCUUCAUCAUCCUUAGAGAAAGUUGAGGACGCUCAGCAGCCUUCUUCCCAUGUCCAGCAGAUACCGGAGACAGAACCUACUGUUGAAUCGCCUUCAAAUCACGCAGAACCUGCAACUGGAGAUGCUGAGAAAAGCAUUCCAGAAGAAUUGUCCCCAGCAGUCACACAAUCUGAAGAUAUGCUACUAUCUGAGUGAAAUGAAGAUUUACGAUUAUCGCAUCUGUUAAAACUAAAACCUUUAAUACCUGAACACUAUGUUAAUAUACUUGCACUUUUCUGGCUACUUCCUGUCUUUGGGAAAUGCUGGAUUGAGUUACUAUGCUUCUCCUGGGAAAUUAAUGUAUUUAAUAUAUAAAUUGUUUGAAAUGACUGGCUGUACAUAAAAGUUUUCCUUGGGUCUUUCGAAACUGAAUGAUGAGAUUAAAUUUGUAUGGGUUUAAA